UUUAGGGAAAGAAUAGGACAACCAGCAAUUCCUUUCCUCAAUGCCAAGGCAUAAACCAAAGUCUUUACACUUUCUCAAUCAUGGGUUAAUAAAUAGAUUAUUACAGUUUCUAUAGUGCUGCUAUAUCAAUUAAAAAUGGCAUUUUCAGGCCAACUUCUCCCACAUAUUUUAUGGUCCAAACCAGAGUUUAGGCAUAGCCGGAGCAUCCUUCCGUUAAAGGCUAACUAUGAACCAGUCAAAAUACUAUCACAACGAAAACUUGAUAUACAAAGCAUCAAGAGAAAAUCAAACUGUUUGGUCACAUUUUCAAUGUCACAUCCCGAUAAUGGCACGAGUCCAUCUUCUCCAUCCGAAACAAUCAAGAAAUUCUACUCUAGCAUCAACAACAACGACCUGAACCAACUAGCACUACUCAUAUCUGAAGAUUGUUUCUUUGAUGAUUUCUCCUAUACUCGACCAUUCAAAGGGAGAAAGGAAGCUUUGAAACUUCUGGAGAAACUAACCACAUGCAUGGGUAAGAACACAAAGUUCUGCAUUGAACAAAUUUAUGAAGGAGUUGAUCUUACAACUGUGGUAAACUGGCACUUAGAGUGGAAGAAGAAACAGGUUCCUUUCACAAGAGGCUGCAGCUGCUACGAGUUAUCAAGAGAUGGUGAACAACUAAUUAUAAAGAAAGCUCAGGUAAUCAUUGAAUCGCCAAUCAAACCAGGAAGCUUUGCUUUGGACGUGUUCCAGACGGUCAUUUCAGUGUUUGAUACUUUCCCUGAGGCAUCACGUAUGUUGAUUUCUUUAAUAUUCUUUAUACUUUCACCAACAAGAGAAGAAAAUAUUCUCAACGGGACAAAAAACAUUUCCUAUGCAGGGUUGUUCUUGAUGAAUCCCCAAGUGGUACAAACUAUCUACGAUAUGGCACUCAAGCCAAGCAUAGGUCCAAUUAUUGCCUGGUACCGCAAGCUAUGGAGUAUCACAGUCACCGUUCUUACACUUAUUUACAAGUUAUUCCUUUACAUUAUAGAGAUGUUCCACAAGUAGAAGAUAUGCACAGCUUGCCAAUUCAAGAC